AGCAACAGUGGUCGCACCAUAUUGAUAAACAAUGUGAUAUUUAUAUGUAUUAAUAAAAAAAGUUCUGGAACCUUCUAUGCUACAUCAAAUAGAGAGAUGUUUUAGGAAAGAGCAGAACCUUCAGUUAAAUUUUAUUAGAAACGUGUCCUGUAUUUCUUAAUAACAAAGUGUUACCAGUUUGGAUAUUUAAUAUUUGAAGGAUUUACAUUAAAACUGUAGAUUUAGAAAGAUUUCUUUAAAGAGAUGAUUUAUAAUCUUUGGACAUACUUAAAUCUAGUUUUGAUUUGCGAAUAAUUUGGAGUUAUUACUCCUUGGGUUUAAAUUUGACCAGGACAGGAUUUGGACACUUUUUCACAUAAGAUUGGAUUAUAUGUAUAUUUUUUUAUAUUUUUAAGGUAAACAUGGAACACCUUUCUAAGACAAGUUGCUUCUACAGUAGAAUAUUAGUGUGUACAUGUACACUGUUACUUUUAACGAUAAUUACCAAAAUUGUAAACAAUGUGGAAACUGGAAAUUCAAUUCUAAAACUAAAGCAAGCGGGAACUCUAACCUGCACUGGUCUCAAACAGUUCAUGCAGAAAAUAUCGAUUGCUAGUAAAAUAUUGUCAUGUUUUCCAAACUGUGAGGUUCAAAGUAACACAGAAUUUGGAAAUCAUGAUAAUAUUUCAUCAGUAAUCGAGGCAAUAACUGCUCAACAAAAACGGGAAAACAUUACCAGGGAUAUACCGAUCGUCAGAAGGAAACACAUACAGGGAAAACAAUACACAUGCUUUAUUUCCUCACGGAAUUUAAAUGACAAAAAUACUACAGCAAUAUUGAGAAAGGAAUAUUCAAUAAUAGAUGUAAUUUCGUACAUAAUAGUUCUGUUGGCAACUUUGAGUAUAUGCACCAAUUCAACGUUUUACUUUCAAAAGUCUAAACAUUUUUCAAGAUCAAAAGAUGAAAGUAAAGCUCGAUAUUCUUAUGACUUUAUAUUUCAUCUAGGAAACCAGUCUGUUUUCGAAUUUAAGGUUUAUCAUUUUUCGCUAAAACAAUACUUGAAUGAAAUAGAGAAAGAAAGUGACAAGAAUAUCAAGCGUAUGUAUCAUGAAUGGGCUAGGUACGAAUCAUUCAAAACCUUCCCAAAAGACUGUACAGUGUCAACACUGCGCUUAGCACAAGCUGGUUUUUAUUACACUGGGAAUGGGGUGGAGACUGCUUGCUUUUCUUGUGGGGUAAAGAAUGAAAAGUGGACAGGUAAUGAAUCUGUGAUUGAAUUACAUAAAAGACUCUCACCAAAAUGUAAGUUUAUAAAUGGAGAGAGAACUGAAAAUGUUCCAAUCCAUGGAAUUGGGGAAUCAGAACAAAACCAGUCAGGCGGUGCAUGUGGAGGUCCUGAAGAUUUGUCUGAAAAUAAUGCGGUAAGGGAAACAGGGCAAAAAAAGCAUAUAGAACAUCGUAACGAAAUAACUAGAACAAGAAAUGAAGUGUCACAGGAAACGGAGCAAAAUUUAGAACAAACAAACACAAAUACUGGUAACAGUUUCCAGAACCCUCUGGAAAACGAAAGGCAUAUCAUACUUCAGAAUGGAUAUUCUGGGCAACAUUCGGAAUACCGUCCGACAGAAGAGAUCCAGCAUUUCCCAGGAAUAACAAACGAACAACCAAAGCAUCCCGAUUAUGCAACCAGAGGCGUAAGACUGUCAUCGUUUUCGCAAUGGCCUCUGGGUCACGUGAUGAAACCGGAAGACUUGGCAGAAGCAGGAUUUUUCUUUUGUGGAAUGCAAGAUUUAGUGAGAUGUUUCUUCUGUGGUGGUGGAAUGAAAAACUGGGAGUAUGGAGACAGUCCCUGGAUUGAGCAUGCUAGAUGGUUCCCUACGUGCGCGUAUCUAAAACAAUGCAAGGGGGAAGACUUUGUAAAUUUGUGUCAGAUAUCAAAUAUGACUUUUCCGACACAUACCAACUUUCAACUGCGAGAUUUAGAUUCACAACAAGCAAACAUUGUUGAAGACCAGUACAUUACAGAUUUAAACAGUAUUGCCGCUAAACGUGUUCUCGACAUGGGGUACAUGCAGACACAGGUCGAAGAUGCAAUCAGGAACAUAAGGCAACGUAUAGGUCCCGUUGAAGAACUGAAAGCACAGAACAUAUUAGAGUAUCUUCUAGACAGCAGUUAUACAGCUAAUGCAUCUACUACAACAACGACAUCUGUACAGCAUAGCAACACCGCUAACAAUGGAAGUCAAUCUUCUCCAAACAACCGUCAGUCGGACCAGUCUAAUGUCUCCAUAGAUACAACCGAAAGAAGUUCACCAGAACAAUCUGCAGACAAAAACCCAAAAGCAACAAAAGAUGAGAGAAAGGCAUUGAAGGAAGAAAAUCAACAUCUGAAAGAACAAAUGAUGUGCAAAAUUUGCAUGGAUAAAGAUGCAAAUACUGUUUUUCUUCCAUGUGGACAUUUGGUUUCCUGUGUUGAAUGUGCGCAUGCUCUAAGAAAAUGCGCCGUCUGUCGCACAGUUAUCCAGGGGACAGUUAGAGCAUAUGCAGCAUAAUAAAGAAGAGUGUAAACAAUAUCAAUAUCUGCAAGGAAGAGAACUAGUGAUUUUAAAACUGUAGCAAUUUUGUUGGUAUACAUUUUAGAUCAUAAGAAUCAACUUACUUCCCUCUUUGAUUGUGUCUGACGGAAGAGGGGGAGGACUCUAUGAUAAGCAGUUUUUAAAUCCUAUCAGGACUGAACUGUUUUGAUAUCUGUCUUCUGGCCUGUUUCGUCGGGCCCUUAAGGGUGUUUCUCUUGUUGCUCUGUCUUCUGAAAAGGCAUUGAGUACAUACGUUUUUGGUUCUAAAGGUUUGCUUUUUAUAUAUUUAUACACGAGCAUUUUUGUGUUUUACAUGCCAUGCCAUUUUGUUUCCAUUACGUGUGUUAGAGAUUCACCUGGAGGAGGGGAUUACUUUUAUUUACACUGUCCCGUGUCUUUGGGACAUGGUGGGGGUAAGAGUGAGGUUGGGUGCGCACCAUAAACCGGUUUAAGCUCCCCAGUGGUGUUUUUGCCACUGACCGUUCCAAGGCGGUGCCCCACUGUGUUCCUUUGUUUGUUCGUUUUGUCCUAAUGUGUUGGCUUUUGUGUGUGUGCGCGUGUAUGUGUGUGUGUGUGUCUGUGUUUGUGGUGUGCGCGUCUGCGUGCUGUGGGUUUCGUUUUGGGGAGGUGCGUUUUUGGUACGUGGCAUUCCCUGUUUGAUAUUUGUCUUUGUUUUUUACCUAACAUUGAGGUUACAGCUAUUAUUAUAUUGUUAUUAUACAAAGAAAGCAAUUUAGAACAUAUUUUUAAGCUCUCGCGUCUUAAGUCUCACUGACUUAUUUAGGCAGUAUGGCGACUUUUUAGUUCAGGCUCUAGGUGCUUCUUUUGAUAUUAUUUCAGACGCGUGGAUAUCUGUUCUCCUGCAAGCUAGAUCUAUGGCCUCAUCACAUGGCUUUUUUCUCAAAUAAUUAUAUAAAUUACUAUGUUUAUACGAUUUCCCUAAUUAUUAUUGAAAUAGCAUUAUUGGAAUACAACAGUAUAUUUUAUCACUAACGUUUUGAAAAGAAUUCACCAUAUAUUGCCUUUACAGAUGUUAUUUUUCCAUGGGCUAUACCUCAGUCUGUUUUAUUAUGAUCUAUCCUACUAUAUGCAAAUUAGUUCAUACCGACUGUUCAUGUAUGUCUCUACAUUAUUUGCAAUUCAGCGACUUUUAUUUUAUUUCAGAUAUAUAUGAAUUUGUUGAUGCUACAUAUUUGUAUACUGUGUUAUGUUUCCCAUUGCAGUCAACAUUAAUUUUAUACAGAUACACAAGUCCUUCAAAUUUUUAUUUAUAUAGAUUAUAUAAUGUACAUUAUUUUUGCCAUCAGUGCCGUGGAAUUAAAACUUUGCCCGGGUGCAUGUUAAAUGACAGUGCAUUAUCUCAUACAAUCAGUUAUCAUUCACUUUAAGACGUUUAAUGUAAAGAAAUAAAUGAAAAAUAAAAUAUUAUUUCGCGAAACCUUUGCCAUUUUUCCAAAUUAUGCAAGUAAAAAUACGCACCUCUUUCAAACAACUUAUUAGACAAAUUUAUCUUUUAUUAAUGUUUCGUACAUAAAAGAUUGUGAUUUUUAUUAAAGCAAAGCUGUAAUGUAUUCAAUAUGAUACUGAUUUAUAUAUGAGAGUUUAAUUAAAUUACAAACCUUCUUUCAAUUCAGUGCAAUUUACUGUUGUGUUUAAAGAAACAUAUUUUUUGCCAUUCUUGGUUUUUAAGGAUAAAUUGGAAAACAUAUUCUUGAUAUUUUUUAUACAGUUUUAUUAUUACAUUUAUAUUUAUACAAUAAUUACAUACUCUUAUACAUAUUUGAUUAAUUGAUCUUUGAUUAUUAUAUUGAUUGGUUAUCAUGUUCGUUUUAGAUUUAUUCUCACAAAAAAUGCUAACAUUCGUGAAUUUCAUCAUGGUUGUAUGCUCUAAGUGUAUAUUUCUUUUUGUUUUGAUUUUGCAUAUUUUCAGAAUUAACGCGCGUUUCAUAUUAUAAAGAGUGGUUGUCAGCGAAAACAUAUGGGAUGGGGGAGGGGGGGGACUUCCGGUUGUUUUUUGAUAGUCUCUCACUGUCUCAUUUGUUAUCAGUCCGUCUACAAUAUAGGCGAGUUGUCGCAAUGUCACCGUGUACCAUAUACUCUAGUGUAUGUUAGAGCGCUUAGAGCAAGGUCUAACUCAUGAUCAAAGGAAACUGGUCAUAAAAUCUGAGAUCAAGGUGACAGAUGAUUAUUGUAAUAUUGUUAAUGUGAGAGAAAACAUUGCCCGAAACAAUGUAUUCAACAAUCAGUGUGUUUUAUAUAAGACCCAUCUCAACCCUAACUUCAAUUUUAAGAGAUAGAAUUUAGAAUGAGAUUACGACUACUUUUUAUAAUAGGUUUAUAGAAGUAAAACUUGGUUAAGAAAUAUUGCUCUUUGGCAAGACUGAAUGUCAAAACCACAUGAUAGGUCAACGAAAUGCCUUUAUCAGCCUGUAGCGAUUGGUAUCUUUAAAACGUUUUUUUUUUUUUUUUUUUUUUUUUUACAUAUAUAUAUAUUUCAUCCAUACUGUUAUAUGAGUCCAUUGUUUGUUUAGCUGUAACUGUGAUAUGUGUAACAAGUUUCUUAUUUUACUUAAUGAAAAUUGUUGUUCGUUAUGUUUUGUUAUUUACUAAAUAUAUAACUGCUUAACAUUUCGAUAGUUUUAUAUCUACUCAGUCUUUCAUGAACUUUUCUGUUUACAGAUAUAUGUCUUGUUUUGGUUCUAAUUUACUGUCGUUAAUUUUUAUCUAGUGUAUACAUACAAUUCGUUCAAUUAGCGUGAAUGGAGUGUUUAUGGUAUAACAUAUUUGAUCACCUGAACAUAUGGUGCUCUGGAGUGAGCUUUUGUUAUCAUCCUUUGUCAUAGUUCAUCAACAAUAUUAAUUUUAUCACAUUUAAUAGGUCAUAUUUUGAGCACUAUUCAUAAAAUGGAGUGUAUAUGGCCAAAAAAGGUAUUGAGCAAGAUCGUUAUCACAUCAGAGUCCAUCUUUACUUGGGUAAUCUUCUCGACACUAACAAUAAAUUAAAAGAGGACAGACUCGAUGUCGGACCAUAUUGCACAAACAUAACAUUGGAGUAACUGAUAAUAGUUUAAUAAAUUUCACGUGUAUAAUAUAUAAGGUAUAUUACCAAAGGUCUCCACCAAGAAAGGUAAAAUACAAUAUCUCUUCAAUUUCACCAGAGUUGAAUUUGUGAAAAAGUCUUAUUUUGCACACCAUUAACCAAUUUAUUUCAUUUUAUACUUUUCAUUUUGAUGUUUAUAAGACAGUGCAGUAUGCAUUUGCCACUGUAUUACCGAGUAUGGCUUAACCAGGCGGGUUUGAAUUAGCUAUGUCGCUGGCGACAUAACGGUUAACAUUUUAUAUACUUGUGAAUAUCCUUUACCACAUAUCGUGUUCAAACACAAACCGAGGGGUGAGAACGAAACUGUGCUUCUUUAUCCAUAUGAACAGGUUCGUUCUGACCUCCUAGAAACACUCAUGUUGACAUGUUGUGUACAUUGUGCAAUUUGUGUUGUUGUAUUUCAAAUAUACAUGUACUGAAAAUGUAUCAACAAGUACAAUAAAAUUUAAAGUGAAUUAAUCAUUAUAGGGAUACUAUUUAUCUUUACAUAUAAUGCUAGUGUUCGUAAAAAAUAAAGUUUUAACAAAUGCUGA